CGACAAGCCCCGAGCGCGCGGUUUGUAAGGUCCUCGAUCGACUUCAUUUCAUCAUCGGUCUCCCUCAACAAACAGCGCCCCCCACCUCGGCCAAUUCGUACUCAAUUGACCUCUCCGCCCUCAGAAAAAGCCAAAAUGUUCGCCAGAUCUGCUUUCCGCGCGGCCCAGCCGCUCAAAACGGUAAGUUUUCCACGCUCAGGACUGGAUGGAGGAGCUCUCUCUCGAACGAGAGUCGUUGCCCUCGCUUUCUGCUUCGAGCCCGCACUCGCGCAUACCCGGCUGACUGACAGCGUUGCUGUUGCUGCGCAGCACGCCCGCUGCUACGCCACCGAGUCCGGCGCCAAGCCCGGUUCAAACACCUUCCUGUACCUGGCCGGCGGCGCGGCCCUCGCGGGUGCCGGCUACUACUACUUCGCGGGCGCUCCCGCGGUGCAGCAGGCCGAGGCCAAGGUCAAGCAGGCCACGGGCGCCGCGGCCAGGCCCGCCUUCACCGGCGGCGACCAGGGCUUUGUGUCCCUCAAGCUGGCCGAUGUCGAGAAUGUCAACCACAACACGAAACGUUUCCGCUUCGAGCUGCCCGAGGGCGACAUGGUGUCGGGCCUGCACAUUGCCAGCGCCAUCUUGACAAAGUACAAGGGUCCCAAUGACGAGAAGGCCACGCUGCGGCCCUACACACCCAUCAGCGACGAGAGUGCCCAGGGCUACAUUGACCUCCUGGUAAAGAAGUACCCAGAUGGGCCCAUGAGCAGCCACCUGCACAACAUGGUCCCCGGCCAGCGACUUGACUUCAAGGGACCCCUUCCCAAGUACUCGUGGGCCGAGAACAAGCACGAGCACAUUGGCCUCAUUGCCGGUGGCACCGGCAUCACGCCCAUGUACCAGCUGCUGCGCACCAUCUUCAGCAACCCCAACGAGAAGACCAAGGUGACCCUGGUCUUUGGCAAUGUCUCCGAGGAGGACAUCUUGUUGAAGAAGGAGCUGGCUGAGCUGGAGAACACCUACCCUCAGCGGUUCCGCGCCUUCUACGUCGUCGACAAGGCUCCCAAGGGUUGGGCCGGCAACACGGGCUUCAUCACCAAGGACCUUCUCAAGACGGUCCUGCCCGAGCCCAAGAGCGACAACAUCAAGCUCUUUGUCUGCGGCCCGCCCGGCUUGAUGAAAGCCAUCUCGGGCAACAAGGUCAGCCCUAAGGACCAAGGCGAGCUGACGGGCGCGCUCAAGGAGCUCGGCUAUGAGAAGGAGCAGGUAUACAAGUUCUAGACUGCUGUAGGACAGACUCGGUAUUGUACGAUGGGCAUACUAGACGGAAUGCUAUAGACGCACACUGUUGGCAGAAGAGUCGUCAGGUCUGACGAGACUUGCUCUUGGCAGACGCAUCACGCGGUGAUGAUGACAGUCGUGAAAUCUGGAACACCCCUUAGCGGCCAAGUGGUGUCCUGGACAUCUUGGUGGCACUCGGUGCAAGCUUCCUCCAUGGGCGAGGACUACCCUAGAGCUGGCAAUGAUUUGUCAGAGGACGCCCAGGCUGGUCGGCUUGUAGAGCCUACAUGUAUGUUGAAGUGGUGAAGCGGCCUCGCUAUGGAAUCAAUAUUUCGUACUUCGUAUAAGGUGUGUUUAUUCACGGGCUUGUUUCGGCACUGAUCGCUCCCAGAAGAACGAUCCUCUCCACCUAUUUCUGUCGAGAGCCUUGAACCACUUGGGGGUUGCCGGCGCAAACUCUUGCCUGCGCCUCAGCCGGCACGGUUGGACGGGGCAUCCCGCGCGUGCGACGGCAGCGGAACGGUCGAUGAGGCUCAAGCGGUCGCCGCAACCAAGGGUUACUUAGCCCCCCUUCGUCCCUUCUUCCUUUCAGGAAGGGUGCCGAACAGGCGCCCACAUGCCACCCCUCCCUCCCACGCUAACAGACACGAGAAGAACGAGCGGCCCCACUCGUGCACGGCCCAAGCCGGCGGGUGCGCUGGACGAGGAGUCGUCUCGUGUGCGGUUGUCUUUCGAACAACCAGGAGUGUUGUCGAGCAUGCCCUGGCAGGGCUUGUGCCUGCUGGAAAGCCAAGCUUGGUGGGUGGAGGGCAGAGGGCGCCAGGCGCACGCUAACUGGUCGAUCUGAAUGAUGGCUUGGGCGGGCCAUGCGGGUUUGACGAGCUUGUUGCUUGGAGUCGAGCGUUAUUGGAGACUGUAGACGAGGGACGGGCUGUGGAUGGACACCCCCCUGUCAAGAGUUUGUUGGAAGCCCCCCCGGCGCAUUUCGACGACAUCCUGAGAUAGGGCUGAUGGCUGUGCUGCCACAAGUGAACUGGCGACCAGAGGCUGAAGAGAAGCGUCAAUCGCUGGCGGGCGGGAUAGGCCAAGUGAC